AUGGACUUCAACGCCAGCGGCGACAUGCCUACGGACAUCCCGAUGGGGGGGGAUGAGGAGGACGAAGCUACAUACGCUCCGCAGGCGGAGGGAGAGGAGAAGGAUUUGACCAGCGAUGGCGGAGUAAAGAAGCUGAUCGUGAAGGCCGGGGACGGCUGGGACAAGCCCGAGGCUGGAGAUGAGGUGUCAGUUCACUACACUGGAACCCUUUUGGACGGGACCAAGUUCGACUCUAGCGUCGACAGAGGAGAGCCGUUCAACUUUAAGCUCGGACAAGGCCAGGUCAUCAAGGGAUGGGACAAGGGUAUCGCAUCCAUGAAGAAAGGCGAGAAGGCCGUGUUUACAAUCAAACCCGAGUACGCGUAUGGCGAGGCGGGUUCCCCGCCGACGAUUCCUCCGAACGCAACGCUCAAGUUCGAGGUGGAGCUGCUGUCGUGGAUCAGCGUGAAGGACAUCUGCGGCGAUGGCGGCGUGUUCAAGAAGAUUCUCGUGGAGGGCAAGAAGUGGGAGACGCCUAAGGACAUGGACAAAGUCACAGUGAAGUACGAGGCGCGGUUACACGACGGCACGGUGGUAACCAAGACGGGCGACGACGGCGAGCAGUUCUACCUCAAGGACGGCCACUUGUGCGCGGCUCUCCCGCGUGCAAUCAAGACGAUGCACCAGGGGGAGAAGGUCCUGCUCACUGUGAAGCCACAGUACGGUUUUGGAGAAGCCGGCCGUCCAGAGACUGACGGCCAGCCGGCAAUCCCGCCAAACGAGACGCUGAGCAUCGACCUGGAGUUGGUGGCUUGGAGAAAGGUGGAGAAGGUUACAGAGGACAGGAAGGUCAUGAAGGAGGAGAUUGAGGCUGGGGAGGGGUACGAGCGACCCAAUGAUGAGUCAGUUGUGAAAGUGCGCUACACUCUGCGCCUAGAGGAUGGGACAGUGGUGGAGGAGAAGGGCAUGGGCGAUGGGGAGGAGCCGUUUGAGUUCACCACGGAUGAAGAGCAAGUCGUGCCUGGGCUGGACAAGGCAGUGAUGAAGAUGAAGAAGGGAGAACUCGCAACCGUCACCAUUGCCCCAGAAUACGCCUAUGGCUCUGAGGAAAAGACCCUGGAAAAAGGCACAGUACCGGCCAACUCUACACUGGUGUACGAGCUUCGGCUGGCGGAAUUUGUUAAGGAUAAGGAAUCCUGGGAGCUAGGGGACGAGGAGAAGGUCGCGCAUGCAGCGAAGAAAAAGGAGGAGGGUAAUGUUCUCUUCAAGUCCGGAAAAUACGUCCGGGCAGCAAAAAAAUACUCCAAGGCGAUGAAGCUGAUCGAGUACGACACGCAGUUCAAAGACGAGGAGAAGAAGGCGUGCAAGGUGCUGAAAGUCUCGUGCGGGUUGAACGAGGCUGCGUGCCAGCUGAAGCUGAAGGAUUUCCCGGCGGCAGUGAAGCUGACGAGUAAGGUGCUGGAGCUGGAGGGGUCGAACGUGAAGGCGCUCUAUCGGAGGGCCCAGGCGUAUAUGGGGACUGAGGACUACGACCUGGCGGAGUGGGACGUCAAGAAGGCUCUUGAUCUCGACCCUGAGAACAGGGACCUGAAGCUAGAGUAUCGGCAGCUGAAGCGCAAGAUUGCAGAGCAGAACCAGAAGGAGAAGAAGAUUUAUGGCAACCUGUUUGCACGGCUGCAUAAACUCGAGGAGAAGGAGGGUGUGAAGCAGGCAGAGGAGGCUGCUCCUGCUGCUCCUGCUGAUGGCGCUGCUGCUGCAGGUGGUGAUGCUACUGAGGCGAUGAAGGAAAACGUGCAGAAGGUUGAUGAGGGUGUGAAUGAGGGUGGGGAGGCGAUGGCUGCAUAG